AUGAGUGAUGUAUAUGGAUCUAAUUCUGCGGAGGACAGAACUAUUCUUUGGCAGCAACUUGAUUUCAAAAUGAGAAGGCUGGGGGUUUCCCCCUCCAUUUUAGCUGACUGGGUGAAUUUAAUUCCUUUAUCUUUGGUCAUCACCUCUCCGAUCUCUAUUCCACCGGUCUUUUUUAUACUUGACCACAAUCCUAUUGCUCUCAAGGAAGGCAGCAAUCACCUUACUAUUAGUCGGUUUCAGUUCAAAAACUUUUGGACUUCUAAGGAUGAUUUUUGGAAUAUCAUGCUUGACAUUUUCCUGGAGCCUAUGGUUGGGAAUCCUAUAAUGGAUUUUUCUAACAAGCUUAGAAAACUUAAAUUAUCCAUCAAGAAUAAAGAUUGGGCCUCUACUAAUACUAUCCAACUAUCUCUUCAUAACUGGCAGGAUAAGCAAAAGUCUCUCCUCACUUUAUUGGACUCUGACCCCACUAGUCUUCCUCUCAAUUCUGUUUUGAAGUCCAUCAAUGGGGAAUUUGCUGAUUUGACCUCCUCUUGGACUUCCUGGGUAUCGCAAAGGGCUAAAGCAAAAUGGCUUAAAGAUGGAGAAGAUGAUCUGAAAUUUUUAUACUCGAAAAUUCCAAUGAGGAAAACUUUUAACAAUGCUGCCCUUUCUACUGCUUUAUAUGAAGCUUUACAACCACAAGAUCUUCAGAUUCCUGAGAUUUCCUGUUUCCCUCCUGGUAGAACACUUCCUUCCUCUAUGUAUUCGACUCUCAUUGAUCCUAUCUCCUAUACCGAGAUUAGGAAUGAGGUUUUCUCCAGGGCUUCCUCUUCCUCUCCUGGACCUGAUGGUUUUAAUUUCCACUUCUAUAAGUCUAGCUAG